AUGCAAAUUUUUUUACAAAUUAGAUUAACAAUCAUAACUGAGCACAGAAAUGAGUGUCAAACACUAAAUAUUCACAACUUUUACAGGAAGGACACCUUCACAAGUGCAGAACCUGGGUACCAGGAGCGGAAGUUCUUGGUAUUCGAGAGUUGCCUCGAACAGCUGUUUUCUGUAUGCAAGACUUGCUACAGCCCUUGCGACGUCUCCAUGAAGGGGGUUGGCACCCUGCUCGUGGUACGGACCUCUUGCCCUGCAGGGCACACGAACCGCUGGGACAGCCAACCGUACAUCAACGGCAGGGGGGCGGGGAACCUGCUCCUCACAUCUCUCGUGCUCUUCACGGGUGCCUCCCCAACCAGAACGCUGCGCCUGUUCCAGUUGAUGAACAUCCAGGUCUUCUCAAAAAAGACCUACUUCAACUACCAGCGAGCAAUUUUGGUCCCAGCUGUUGAAGAGGUGAAUAUGAUGCCACUUCUUUCAUUAUCUCACAUGUUUUUUUCUCCCGAUGCAGUGUUUCACUGCACUUUUUAUGUCAUUAUCGCACAUUUUAGUAUCAAUUUUCACAGGUGUGGAGAGACGAACCUCGCUGGUGAUGGGAGGUGUGACUCUCCUGGCUUUAGUGCCAAAUACCUAACGUAUUCCCUGCACGUGCCCUCUGUCAACAAGAUCCUGCACUUUGAGCAAAUUCAGGUUGGAGAGGUGAGGAAUGAUUACUACCACCUCCUUACAGUAGCUUCGUAAUCAGAUGCAUAUUGAAGCCUUCAGCUACACCUAGUUAUUUAUACUGACACAUUUUGCGGCCGAGCAAUAUCAUUCAGUGCUCU